CUGAGCCCUUAUGCCAAGGCUUCUGACUCACCCCAAAGAAUAGUGGAAGGCAUCAAACAAACACUAUGGAAACCAUAAAGACUGUUAUGCAACGAAGCCAUGUAAAGUCGAAAAACGGGUGCCAGGCAUGUAAACGAAAGCGUGUUAAGUGCGAUGAGUUUCGGCCAACGUGUCGCAAAUGCCUACUUACUGGAUCAGAGUGUCAAUACUAUAGACCACAUGCAGUAGAGGCUUCUGAUGCACUCGAACCCUUGUGUUGGCCCGCACACAUUGAGCAAUCUUGUAUGCAAUGGAAGGAAACCGGAUAUCCUCCAUUUCCCACGUUAAAGAUCGCUACAUCUUUAGGUUUAGCGGUCAGUGUGCUUGACAUUAGUGGCACUAGUGAUAUGUGUCUCUUGUUGGGCGAAUUUCGAACGAUGUCUCAGCUCGCAACUUCAUUCAGCUUUGUAGCUCAUAUGCUAGCAGCGGCUUCUGCAGAGCGCCUUGCAAUACGAGCCAAAUCACACCAGGCAUCUGUAGAUGCCUAUCGCUAUCACACUCUUGCUCUUAGUGGGCUCAGACAAGCAAUGCAGUCUUUUUCAAAAAGCAAUGCGGAUGCAAUUCUAGCUGCGGCACUGGGCUGUUCAUAUCAGAUGCCAGACUGCCGUUCAUUAAUGGCGAUCGUAGACUGCAUUUCUCAGGCGGCAUACCAGAUGCGUACUUGGUUCAAAGAAUCCGUAUUCUAUUCCCUAUUUGAGUACGAUCUCCGCUACAAAACUGAAGAAACAGGGAGUACCCCAUCUCACAAGCCGAAUCGAAUUGCGGAGAAUAAAAUCCGGGACGCCUUCGCUACACAGCUGUUUGUUGAAGGUAUUAAUGCAAUGAAUCGACUGACUAUAUGUUUCAAACAGAAUCAAAGCAUCGCAGCCGUAACUCGACAGCUCCGAGAUGUCCUGACAAUUACUCAUGAGGGGUGUCAAACGGACAUCCCAGCUAAGGAGCAAUAUCGUUUAAUCUACCCGUUUACGGCGUGGUUCACAAAAAACUCGGCUGCAUCAUUUAUAGAUCUCAGUAAUGGAGAUCCACUCUUAUUUCUUUUUCUGGCGCAUAUGUAUGCGGUUGUUGUCACUCUGGUCGUGGCGUUGCCUGAGAUUGACUAUCCUUUUUUUGCCUCAAUGCGCCUAAAAGGAAUCCUCGCGAUUUACAACAAGAUGGAAAGAGGGUCUUGGUUCACAUGUGCUGCUUGCCAUGCAUUCCACAGCUUCGAUCAAAUGAUGUAUUUCCCGCUUCGGACUGUAGAGGUGUACCAGAUACUUGGACCAUACAUAAAAGACGGUAAUAUAUAGACAGGCAG